GCAGCAGCAGCCAAUUCUGCAGCAAGUUUUGGGAAAAUAGUUGCAGAAAUUUUAGAAAAGAAUUGGAAGCCACAGAACGGAAAGGAACUAAAUGCAGAAGUUACAAAAACAGUUGCCGAAAUUAGGAUUGUUUCCGGUGUUUGACGGGAAUGAGUAUGAAACCUGGCGCCACAUGAUGAAGGCUUUGCUUAAAUCCCAUGAUCUCUGGGACUUGGUGGAAAAAGGGUACAAAGCUAAGGCUUUUAAAAAAGAUGGGAAGAAAAAGGACGCCCUGGCUAUGAUGAUUAUCCUGCUGGGAGUUGACAAAUCAGUUCGUCGCUGCACUCUUAAUGCAAACAACUCAAAAGAAGCUUGGGAUGCAAUACAAAACAAAUAUCAAGUGCAUGUAGAAGGCGAAGAAGGAGACGAGGGAAGCGCCGACCAUCGAUCCCAAAGCGGGCAGGGCAGCAACGGCGGCGGCGGCGGCAGGGCCAGGGGCACUGGCGUCGGCGGCAGGGCUGGCGGCGGCCUCAGCAGCCACGGCCACGCCCAUAGAGGCGGCGGCAACGGCGGCGACGAAGGCGAUCUUCUUCAUCUCCAUUAUUAUUAUAAUAUAUGA